UAUAUCUAUUGUUUUUCUUGCUUACAAGCAUCAGCUCCCCCUGUUGUCCAUACAAUGCAUCAUUCUGGAAUAUGAGAAAGGAGCCGUGUUUCUUUGCAAUUCUUUUGUAACCUGACAUGAAGCAGACAGACACCUUCUGAAGUUUUGUGCAUGCUGUGCUUCUUCUUUUUUUCCUUGCUGCAAUAAGAAAAGCCUUUUCUUUUAACCUGGCUUCCUUUGAAGAAGUGACUCAGGCAGCUUCAUGGCCUCUCAAGAUAUUCCUGGCCACAUUCAUAAACCCCUAGAGGAUCCUCUGCCUGGUUCUCCAGAUCCUCCAGAGCAACUUAAACCUUCAGAGACAACCACCAUCUGUAAACAAGCCCAACCCACUGCCAGUUUGCCUCCUGGUUUGGAAUAUCUACGCCAGUUGGACCAGAUAAUUAUUCACCAGCAAGUGGAACUUCUUCAAGUUAUACUGGGCACUGAAACCUGCAGCAAGUAUGAGAUUAAAAACCACAUGGGGCAAAGAGUUUACUUUGCAGUGGAGGAAAAUGGUUGCUUUGAUCGUAAUUUCUGCUCACCUUUACGGUCUUUCACCAUACGGAUUACAGACAACACUGGUCAAGAAGUUAUCACUGUGAACAGACCCUUAAGAUGUAACAGCUGCUGGUUUCCAUGUUAUCUGCAGGAGUUAGAAGUUCAGUCUCCUCCUGGGACCACAGUUGGCUACGUGAUACAGAAAUGGGACCCUUUUCUGCCAAAAUUCACAAUCAGGAAUGAGAGCAAUGAAGAUGUGCUGAAGAUCAUAGGCCCCUAUGCAACAUGUGGUUGCUUUGGAGAUGUUGAUUUUGAGGUAAAAUCUCUAAAUGAGAUGUCUACAAUUGGCAAGAUUUCCAAGUAUUGGUCUGGUUUUGUCAAUAACAUCUUUACCAAUACAGCCAACUUUGGUAUCCAGGUUCCUGUGGAUCUGGAUGUAAAAAUCAAAGCAGUAAUGAUUGGUGCUUGUUUCCUCAUAGACUUAAUGUUCUUUGAGAACUCUUUAGAUGGAUUGUAACAAGCAAGAUGACAGAAACAAUGAAAUAUGCAAACGACAUUGUAAGUAAGAACGAAACAUAAAUUGGAUGCCUUUGCUUUGAAGACUUCUACAGAAGACACUUCCUAAUUCUUUUUCAUUUUCUUCCAGCCAUCCCUUGAGCUCUGGAUGUUGCUUUUGAACUAUAUUCAA